GGGUCCUUGACGUGGCAUCAAUAACAAAGAUGGCGGAAACGGUUUAAGCUUCUUAAGUUUGUCUGUGUAUAUUUCCAAGUGUAUAAUGAUUGUAUUUAGUCUAUAAGCACAGUCUUUCUUGUAUGCAUUGUUCUGGCUGCGUAGGUUGGAGGAUUCUAUGUGUGAAGCUGAAAAAUGAGCGGGUGGGCCGGUUUUUCUGAAGAGGAGUUACGGAGGAUGCAGCAGAAAGACGCCGCCGGGUCCGCACCGGCAACCCGCGGACGGAAACCGGUUCCAGCCAACCGGAGUCGGCAGCAGAUCCAACGGGAGAAGGCUCUUCAGUUAGCGGCUCAGAAGAACGUUGGAGCCGCGUCUCUCGGCCUCCCGCCGGAGCAACAACUCACCAAACCACCACCGCCUCCACCGGAGGAAGAGCCGAAGGCCGCUGCUCCUCCAGCAGAAUCUCCGGCCGUCAAACAGGAGGAGCGGCGGAGACCCGCCGACACGAUGCCGGCUCCAGAGAAGGAAACCCCGGCCGUCAAAGAGCUGGAGAAACAAGAGGUGGAACUACGGGAACAGACGCGUCUGGAGCUCCUGCAGCAAGAGCAGAAGACGAUGGAAGAGAAGAAUAAACGAAAGAAAGCUCUGCUGACGAAGACCAUCGCCGAGAAGUCCAAACAGACGCAGGCGGAGGCUGUGAAGCUGAAGAGGAUCCAGAAGGAGCUCCAGGCCCUCGAUGACAUGGUGUCCAACGAUAUCGGCAUCCUGAGAGGCAAGAUCGAACAAGCCAGCUGGGAGUACUCCGCUGCCAGGUAGAGGGACUACACCAGAAAAUAAAGAACUACA